GUCUUGACUCGAUAGGAUUAGUCGUGGACGGUCUGUUUCCAUCACAGCGUGUUUGUUUCGGUGCUGUGUGUCCGGACCGAGAGAGCAAAAUUCGGGACGCGGUGAGAGAACGCGGCGCAGAUCGUGCUCUCCUCUCUCCGGUAUUCGGGUUUUGAUCGAGGUGAGAAUCUCCUGAUAAGUCCAUAAAAAUCUUCUAUCAGCUUCUGGAGUAAAACUGAACCUCGUUAUGGAUCCGGCGCCGGCCGAAAUGAACGCGGUCCCCAACGGGAAGGGCCACGAAGCGGGAGGCGAUACGACUGCCAACAAAACCCAAACAGGGAGCCCGGCUCGAGAACUCGUACCUAAUAGUACAGAAAACACCAGCAGAACCACCAGAGACGCCGAAUCCAACCAGGCGGAGAAUUCAGAGUUCCUCUCCAACGAUGAGGACAACAAAACACCGCGUUUCACAGACUUUGAAGGAAAGACCUCGUUCGGGAUGUCGGUCUUCAAUCUGGGAAACGCCAUCAUGGGAAGCGGAAUUCUGGGACUGGCGUACGCCAUGGCUAACACGGGCGUGGUCAUGUUCCUGUUCCUCCUGACCGCCGUGGCUUGUCUCUCGGCGUACUCCAUCCACCUGCUGCUCAAGUCCUCGGGCGUCGUCGGUAUCCGUGCGUACGAGCAGCUGGGAUUCAGGGCGUUCGGCACACCGGGCAAGAUGGCAGCGGGCAUCGCCAUCACGCUGCAGAAUAUUGGAGCUAUGUCCAGCUACCUGUACAUCGUCAAGUACGAGUUUCCUCUGGUCAUUCAGGCCUUUCUCAAGGUGGACACGCCGUUCGACGAGUGGUAUCUAAACGGUAAUUACCUGGUGGUGAUCGUCUCCAUCUGUAUCAUCCUCCCUCUGGCUCUGAUGAAGCAACUGGGGUAUCUGGGCUACACGAGUGGCUUCUCUCUCAGCUGUAUGGUGUUCUUCCUCAUCUCGGUGAUUUAUAAGAAGUUCCAGAUCCCGUGUCCCUUCUCGGAGUUCUCCUCCAACCGGACGGCGGGACUGCACGUCAACACGAGUGGCGUGAUCGCCGAGCACAUCACCAUAACCCCCGAUGACGACCCCUCCUGCACCCCACGCAUGUUCAACCUCAACAUUCAGACCGCCUACACCAUCCCCAUCCUGGCGUUUGCGUUCGUGUGCCACCCGGAGGUGCUGCCCAUUUACACAGAACUGCGCAACCCCACCAAGAAAAAGAUGCAGCACGUGUCCAACAUCUCCAUCACCGUCAUGUACGUCAUGUACUUCCUGGCUGCGCUGUUCGGAUAUCUGACCUUCUACGAUAAGGUGGAGGCUGAGCUGCUGCACACCUACAGUAGGAUCGACCCGUACGACACGCUGAUCCUCUGUGUUCGUGUGGCCGUACUGACCGCCGUCACGCUCACCGUACCUAUUGUACUGUUCCCUGUGAGGCGAGCCAUCCAGCAGCUCUUCUUCCCCAAUAAGACCUUCUGGUGGCCGAGACACAUCGCCAUCGCCAUCCUGCUUCUAACCUGCAUCAAUCUGCUCGUCAUCUUCGCCCCCAACAUCCUGGGCAUCUUCGGAGUCAUAGGAGCUACAUCGGCCCCGUGUCUCAUCUUCAUCUUUCCGGCCGUGUUCUACAUCCGAAUUGUUCCCAAAGAGGAGGAGCCACCGCGCUCGGCACCCAAAAUCCUGGCCGCCUGUUUCGCUGGAGUGGGUUUUCUGUUCAUGAUCAUGAGCCUGAGCUUCAUCAUCAUUGACUGGACGACAGGGAGCAGCAAAUCUAGCAGUGGCCACUAGGAUUUACCCACGUUUAAUAUUUUAAUAACUGUGUGUGUGUGUGUGUGUGUGUGAGUGUGUAUUGUAUAUCCAGUGUAACCAGAUCUCUGAUUUUAGCACAGUUUUAAUAUCAGGGCUGAUUCCCGCCGUCCUGUUUAUUGUUUGAUCAAAAAAUAAUAAUUUGAGGCCUUCGAGGUAAUAGCUGCACAAACGUCCACAAAGGGUUCGUUUAGUUUUAUGAUAAAGUAAUUUAAUUACAUGCAUUUUAAUUUUUUAUUAAGACUUAAUGAUGCUACUCUAUAAUCAUAACAUAGUUGUGUAGAGGCUCUAAAUGACCAAGCACUUGUUACUCCCUGGUCUGUUAAUCAAUACGAAUAUCAUUUAUGAUGCUGAGAUGUAUUUUCCACACUACAGGAUGCACUCAUAGAGAUUUUAUAUAUAAAUAAACCCUAACAGCUUUCAUAACAAGCUACCAGCAAAAAGCCAUUAGCAAAAGCUGACAAACUGAAAGAGAAUUUCAGGGUUUUAGCAAUAAUAAACGUCGCCUCCAGCUCAGCAAACAAUACAGCACUGCAGUAGCUCCACAGACAGGACGAACACUAAACUAGACUUCUGGAGGGCCAUGAAGUGCACGUCGUAGCCUCCUGAAACUUCCUGCUACAUGAACAGCUCGCAAACUCGCAAACUGUUUUUAAGCAACACAAACGAUGCAUCAAAACAAGAUUCACUUUGUUAAUGAAAAUAGUAGCGAUCUGGUCCCACUGUGGUUUACAAGAUGUAACGUAAAGCCUCCAUGAGGGGGCGCUCGUGUAUAAGUUCAUUUUGUGUUUAUGUGCCUGUUGAAAUUUGUUUAUAUAAUUAUAACUAUUUUUCCCUGCAACCCAUUUUUUGUCUCAUACAAACCCUGAGAUACAGAAUUGAUUUGAACCCCAACUGAUGUGACAAAGAUGUGAUGGCAUGAAAAAACUCACUGUCCCAAAUUGUAGCUCGUUGUUGAAAUUCUGUUUUGUUUUAUUUUUCGGGAUUUAGGGACCAAUGUGGCAGGAAUUUGCCGCUCUCCCACUUUCACUGGUGAGAUUACGUGAUGGUUGGGCUGGUUGUUGCUGUCUUGCGUCGGUGCUUGUAGUACAUUCCUCUUCUGUAAUGACUUACUAUCCUUCCUGUCUUUAAUACGGCAAUAAUCUGUACACUGGAGUGAAAAAAGUCGCAGUCGUAGCUGAUAGAUUAUAGCACAAUAACCGAGUGAUACGUAUGCAAACUGUAAAUAUGUUCACCGGUGGGUUUUAUAUAUACAGAUUUCUAUACUGUUCAUCAUCAUCAUAUGGGAUAUUAAUGAGCAUUAAGAUAAAUAUGGACGUCAUGUGAUGGUUCUGUGUUUGGUGUUUGUUGGUAAGCAUGUCAUUCUUAGAAUAUAAACAGAACAGUUUAGAUGUUUUAUAGUGAAAGAAAACCACUAUAUAUAUAAAGUACCGAAAUAUAUAAAGUGCAGCUUGGUCCACUGAGUUGAGACCGUGCUGUAAAGAUUGAUGUGCUUUUGCGCUGAAAGAGACAAAAACACUUACAGGGUCGUUUUUAGGGGAGGAACACUGAAAGGUUCAGCUGUGAUGAUAUGACAGGCUUGUGUAAGAGAUGUAGAAGAAAGGAUGGAUGAUGGAGAAACUUGCCAGUCUUGUUGAGUUGUGAGGUGAAUGGUUGGCAGGAACGGUUCUGCAAGAAACAUAGCUUUGACCUAGCGUUUAAGCUGAACCUUACUUGCCAUUGAAGGAUCUAUUUUAGUUGUGUAGACUUCAUAAUGCCGUGUAAUGUCUUAGAUUUUGGUUUGGGGAUUGAAAUUCAACAUGUAAACAAAAAUCAUUUCCAUUGGGAGAUUGUCUGCGCAUUCUGUUAACAAGCUCAGCCAACUUGGUCUAUGUAAAGAAACCAUAUCCAAGAAAUCAGUGCUAGAUGCUAGUUCAUCUUAUUAAGCUUCCUGAUUGAUAAUAUUUGACAUUGGGUUGGGUGAUAUUCUAUUAACUAUCAGUCAGGACACUGCGGUGAUCAAUCAGUGUCCUUUAGGAGGUCACCACCUCACAGAAGAAAGAUUGUUAUGUUAUGAUAAAUGUAUUAAUGCUUUUCAAUUAUUUUAUCUUCAAAGUUUUGCCAUUUUUGCUUUGAUUUAACAUGGAAAGACGAGUAAGAUGGUGAUAAACAAGCCAGAUUGUGGUUGAUCAAGCAUGAAUGUGAGAUGAUGAGAGUUAUAAUGACUGAAUCAGAAGUUUGAGCACUUUUUUGAUGCGAAGCACAACAGAGAGCCAUUAAAUACUUCAUCUACUACAGACCAGCUAUAUAUAUCUAUAAUAAAAUCGAGUAUAUUUUAUAAAUAGAGUUUUACUGCCUUUAAUACUAAAUGUAAACAAGUGUGUGUGGUAUGUGUGUGUGCAAAAUCCUAAGAUAUUCUAUUCACCUGUUUGACAACCUGUGCAAACUACAGUAUUUAGAUGGUGUUUAUGCAUGUGGCACUUGGUCCCAACACAAUAUUAAAAGUAUUCAUUAGGUUAGGGAUGUACAUAAGUACAAAACAUUUUCAUAUUCAUAAAGCAAUGCAAGCACAAGCAGCGUUCCGAGUGUUAAAGCAUACAUGGAGGGCGAUGUAGUGGCUCGACACCUCCUAUGCUUUAAAAGUGGGUGUUCUUCUCUAGAUCCAGAGCUAGUUCAGUAUCACAAACACAUUUAUGGAAUAAAAUCAGGUGUCUGGAGAAAAUACAAACAGCUUAUUGAUCGAAAGUGGUAGUAGUGAUGUACGAUGGGACGGUGUGUGUGAACAGUGCCAGCCUUGCAUUGGAGUUGUUUACCUCAUGACGCGUUUGUUCUUAGCUAAACUGUCAGUGUGUGAGAUUCGAUGAUUAAAUAUGUAUAAAGUGUGUUUGUGUGUGUGUGUGUGUGUGUUAUUUGUGGUACUUUUAACUAGUAGUGCCGUGUUUUGUGGAUUGAUGAGUUAGCCAAACGUAAAUCAUGAAGGUUAGAGGAUUUAACAGGACAACAGAACUUCCUUAAUAAUCAUACAGCCUUAUAUUAACUGCUUAAAGGACAAUACAUGAAUCUAAAUGCACAACAAACAGCACAAACCUGUGGCUCAGGUCCUAAAACGUUAUAACACCCCUGCCUGAACUCUGCACAGGUAACACUGCACAGGUAACCCAGUAUAAGUAAUGCACAAUCUAAUGCAAAAAAGAAAAUUAUUUUGCUGCCAGAGUAUUUUAAACUGUGUGUCAUAAAUGUAGGCUACAUAACUACCAAACGUGUGUAUCUGUAGAAUUAGAUUAAUUGUAAAACAUAAAGGUUGUUGAGCUACGGUUACUCCCCGUUCUCUAAUAAAACUGUUACUGAUUGUUUUUACAUUAUACGUGAUAUCUGUAUGAACUACAUUUAAUAUUACUACAUUAUGUAACUUGUCGCCUCCAGAAUUAUCAGCGUUCAUGUUAAAAAUGUGUAAAAAGGUAAAAGAAAAUGGUUAAUUAUCUUUAGGAAUUGAUUGUGGGUGCUCAGGUGGUUAAACAGCCUCGCUAUUGCAUGGUGCACUUCUCAGUGCGCUCUUAGUGCUGCUCCCAAACCUGGAUAUAGUGAGCAGGGCUGUGUCAGGAAGGGCAUCCGGCAUAAAAACUGUGCCACAUCAAGUAGGCAGACCAUAAUGAUCCGAAUACAGGAGCAGCCAAAAGGGGAAAACAGCAUCUCAUUGAUGAAUGAUUAAGGAAACUUAAUCUUGUUUUAUUUUAUUAGAAUACAUGUAUUUGACUCAAAUAGAAGUUAAUUUUCUUUAUACUUUUGUGUUAGAUGAGGGAAAUAAACCACACAUAAUUGUUUCAUUCCAUUUUAUCCAUCUUUAUCACCGGUGCUGGUAAUUCUGGAGCUGAUUGUAAACUAUACACAGUAGAUGUACUAUACAUAGAUGAUGUUUUAGUCUGAUUUGUGCUGUUCAGUGAAAAGAUUAAAGUGUUUUUGAAAGUAAAGGUUAGUAAAAUAUGGUAUUUCAUUAAAGUCAAACAUUUAUGAGAUAAAUAAGGUUUAAUUCAUGUGUUCACAAUAUUAAUGUUGUUACUCAAUCUCUGUUCUUUCUGAUUUAAUGACGUGUAUGUGUUCAUGACUGACAUGUUGGCAUUUAUAAAUAAUGGAAAUAAAUAUUUAAAAAACCCUUUAUUUUCCUUAAACGUGUUUAGUUUGCACACUGUAAAUAUGCAGAGGUUAGGUUGGGUUAUUAAAACUAAUUACAACAAUUCUUUCAGUUGCAUUUUAAAGAAGAAGCCAGAUAAAUGUCUUCUAUUUCUCUUUAUUUUCAUAUAUUGAUACGCAGCUGGCAGUUCUCGGGCUGUAAACCAUGUUGCGAUAAAUAAAAGUAAGAAUAAAAACUU